AUGAGUGCCUCUCGACUGCGACCUGCCAUUGGCAACGGCGUUGGUCUCGCUAUCACAUGCAGGAACGUGUCGGCUCGACGGUUUUCGACCAGGCCGGCUCUACAGCAAGAGAUCCGGGAUGCUUACAUUCUAAGUGCCUCGAGAACGCCCACAGCUAAAUUCAAUGGCUCCUUCACGACCGUACCGGCGCCGAAGCUCGGCGCCGUAGCAAUCAAAUCCGCCAUCGAGAAAUCCCGAGUACCCGUCGAGAAAAUUACCGAUGUUUAUAUGGGAAAUGUCCUCCAAGGUUCCGUUGGACAGGCUCCGGCUCGGCAAGCAGCCGUUUUCGCCGGUCUGCCGACCUCCGUCGAGGCCAUUACCAUCAACAAGGUCUGCGCAUCUGGACUCAAGGCCGUCGCAUUCGCCGCCCAAAACAUCCAGCUGGGCUUAGCUGAGGCACAAGUUGCGGGCGGUAUGGAGAACAUGACCCGUGUGCCCUACUAUGUCCCGCGAGCCAGUAGCAUGCCGCCAUUCGGUCAUAUCAAGAUGGAGGAUGGUUUGAUCAAGGACGGCCUCACGGACGUGUACGACCAAUUUCACAUGGGCAACUGCGCCGAGAACACUGCUAAGAAAUACGAAGUCACGAGGGAGAUGCAAGAUCAAUAUGCGAUUCAAUCAUAUCAACGAGCGCAAGCGGCAUGGAAAGAGAAGGCUUUUGCAGACGAGAUUGCGCCGGUCACAGUACCGGGCAAAAAGGGUGACACGGUGAUCGACACAGACGAGGGCUUCUUGGAUGUUAAACUGGAGAAGGUGCCAACGCUGAAGCCGGCUUUCAUUCGUGAUGGUACCGGCACAGUUACUGCCGCCAAUUCGUCAACCCUGAACGAUGGCGCGAGUGCGCUUGUGCUUGGAAGCAAGGCGAUCGCGCAGGAGUAUGGAUCUGGCUCAAGGGUUUUGGCGCGCAUCUGUGGCUCUGCAGAUGCUGCUGUCGACCCCAUUGACUUCCCCAUCGCGCCCGCAAAGGCCGUACCCAUCGCUCUUGAGAGAGCCGGGAUCACCAAAGAUCAAGUCGCCAUCUGGGAGUUCAACGAGGCCUUCGCUGCAGUUAUCAAGGCCAACGAGAAGAUACUCGGCCUCGAGGGCGCAAAGGUCAAUCCUCUUGGUGGUGCAAUUUCUUUGGGCCACGCCCUUGGUAGCUCAGGCUCCAGAAUUCUGGUCACAUUGCUUCAUCAGCUCAAGCCUGGUGAGUAUGGUGUGGCAGCAAUCUGCAACGGCGGUGGUGCGGCGUCUGCUAUGGUGGUGCAAAGGAUAGAGUCUGUAUGA